GCGAAGAAUACCUUUUGAGUGUCAGACAGACAGCCAGAAAGACAUAGACCGAACCCCUGCUCGGCGGAACCCCAUGGCGGCAGCGGCGGGCGGCGGCGGCGGCGGAGGGAAGGUGUCGUUCAAGGUGAUCCUCACCUCCGACCCCAAGCUACCCUUCAAAGUGUUCAGCGUGCCGGAGGCGGCGCCCUUCACCGCGGUGCUCAAGUUCGCCGCCGAGGAGUUCAAGGUCCCGCCCCAGACCAGCGCCAUCAUCACCAACGAUGGAGUCGGCAUCAACCCGCAGCAAAGUGCAGGCAACGUGUUCUUGAAGCAUGGCUCGGAGCUGCGCCUCAUUCCCCGCGACAGAGUCGGAGCGCGGGCUGUGACCUUCUAGAAGUCGCUGCUACAGCCAACAACAAAAGAAACCUAUAUAACAGAAUAAAAUCGGCACUCGAUGCUUGCUUGUAUAACGUGACAUGUUGAUUGCUGAGGAUGAUUUGUCAGUAUGACCAACCUUUACACUGUGACGGCUUGAAGAUAGUUUUCCAACGGUGUCAUGUUUUUUUCUUGA